CGCUCGAAAUUCAAAAUGGCGGUAGCGUGUUAGAAAGUGACAGGUCGAUCAGCUGUUUGGUUGAUUUUUCCUUCAUUUUCUGCGAUCUCCAAGCCGAUGGGCGACAGAUGGCGAGUUCUGAAGAGUCAGACAUAUAUGCGGAGUCGGUAGCAGAGACCAAGAGGAGGAAGGAGAAAAGAAAGACAUCGGCCAGACUGUUUGGUGAUGUUCUGUCAUCAGCACCCAGCAGCUCAAGGAGCCAGGGUCUUUCUGAUACGCAGCGAAGCAACAGGUCACCCAGGAGAUCAAAGUCCAGAUUCUCCCCAGAGGGUCUGACCAGCAGUGAGAGGAAAUACUACAACAGAGCCCUGAAGGACCUUUAUGAGAUUAUCAAGAUCAGCAGUAACAAGCUGGACCUGUCUGAGAGUAUGGAGGAACCUGACAGACAUGGGGACUACCAGGGUACUGAUGGAGAUUAUAGCCAGGACCCUACUGUACUAGAGGAAGAGGAGACGUUCAUGCCCACAGAGUCCCUGACCAUCCCCACCCUGAGGUCCAGUCUGUCCAGUCAGAAUGACGAGGAUUUUGACCCUCUGAGUGUCCGGAGGUUCCACCGGAAACACUCGGCCAGGAGAAGAGAAGACAGGACUUCACCAGGGAAUGUCAAGAAGAUCUACAAGGAGCUGGUGUCCAUCAACAACAAACUGCAGGAGGAGAAUGCCUUACUCCAUGAGCGUCAGGAGGAGCUGGGUAGGAGAGAACUGCUGGUACUUGAGAGGGAGAGAGCUCUGGAUGAGAUAGAGGAACAACAUGGAGACCUGAACAAACACUGGGCCAUCAUGCAACAUAAACAUAAGAGAGAGUUGGGACAGUGGGAGGAGGCCUUGAAGGAGAGAACAAAGGAGAACAAGAGACUUCAGCACUCGUUUGAAGUCAUGAAACAGGCUAACGACCAACUCAGAAAACAGCUAACAGAAUCUCAAGAGUCAAAGAAGAAGCUAGAGGCCCAGGCCAGCAGUCUAGAGAGAAGAGUGGUGAACCUACAGAGGAAGCAUCAGUUUGCUGAGAGACAGAAGGGAGUAGAGAACAUCCCACCUCCCCAGCCAGCAGACACCAAACCAGCAAAACCUGUGAAGGAACCACCCAGCAAGGGCACUGAGUCAGCCGUAGCCAAACCUAAGCCCAGUGGUCUGUUGGAGAUAUUAGCUGUGCUGUUAGACUGGGUUUGUGAAGCCAAUCUGCAGCAGCAGCAACAGUCAGACGGCAGGUCCACUCCACUCAUCAGUCUACCUGCACCUGAACUCAUACAGGACAGGUGUAUCAAGGUGCUGCCACACCUGAGUGAGCUGCUGCACCAGGUGUCCACAGGUCACACCAAACUGCACCUGCCUUGUCUACAGUUUGUGUUCUGGGCAAUGUUCAACUUACAACAAUCUGACAAACAGCAUGUGUUAUUAUCGGCCACGUACCGGCGCCUGGGCGAGGAACUGUACAGACCCACCGUGGUCCGCUUCACAGAGGGCGAGAAGAGCCCGGGCGGAACUGUCCAUUCUCCUCGCGGGGGGAAACCGCGUACGGGAGUCUACUUCAAGAGUAGCAACCUACAGGUCCGACUGUUGUCUGCACUCAUCAUACUCAAAACACUGCUGCAAGUUGACUACCUGGCCCAAGUGUUUGAUGUGCUGAGGAAUGACCUCAGACUGGAGAAAUGCAAAGAGCUGUUUCUCCACUACCAGGGUGUGCAGGUCAUCCUUCCCUUCAUCAAAGGUGGAAACAAGGCUCUAAUGGGAAGUGCAGUGGACAUCCUUCUCCAGUUGUCAACUGAGUCAGCGAUGUUACCCAGGUUCCUGGACAGCUGCAGUAAUGAGUCCUGGUUCCGAGCCUGUGCCCUGCUACUCAGAACUCCCAACCUGGACAUGAAAGUAUUGGAGAAACUCAGCAUCAUCCUACAAAAACUCUCCAAGAUCAAAGCCAAUAAGAAGUACUUUGAGGUGUUCACCAUAGGAAACAUGCUGCAGGAGACGUACCGCACCUGUGAUCCUCAGCAGGAGUUCCUGGCACUCAACCUCCGCUCCAUCCUACACAACCUCGGCAUGAUCAAGCCACACUGAUUGGUGCGACAAUGAUGCCUUUAUUCGAGGUGUUGCUAUCUGUGCAGGCCACCUGUCACGGAGCGAGCGCCUGGCAGACGAAACACCCGCGCGGCUUCUCAGGUGGUGGAAUGCCAAACAAAGGGCCAGGGGUUGUUUUAAGGGGUGGAAACGGGAGCCGGGCUGAAGUACAACAAAUCAGCACAACAGGCCAGACAUUUACAGGCAGCUUAAUGCAUUUUGCUGUCAGGGUGAAAUAUGGGAGUCUGGGCGGAUAGCUUUAAAGGGAGAGGUAAUUUGUACCAGUCAUUAAAUGUUGUAGAUUGGAUUACGCAAAAUAAAUAGAGAAAUGGGCCCUGAUGAUAAUUCUUGCCCAGGGAUGGGAAAAGGUCAGGCGGAGUUCAAUGGGGAGAUUGUUUUCUGUUUUACUAGCUGGAGGUCUGUAAAGUACAAACUUUGUUACUGUUGGAAACUGGUGGGAGUAAUGUGAAAGGGACUUGUUUUAGUGGAACAAUAGUGCCUUAGAAAUCAUUUCGUUGUAUAUAUAGACCAAGGACAUUACUAGGCUGUUACCACGUGUACACUGUAUAUCUUUGUAUAUUCCUUAAUUAGG